CAUACGGUAAAGAAACGUCGUUUGCAUUGCAUUGUGUUGAAUUGUGUGUUUUUCUUCUUGUUUUCCAUUUUUUCCCAUUUUACACACAGACUGUGUAUAUUGAAUAUUGUGCUCUUUCUUGUGUGUAUUUUAUAAUAGAAUAUAGUGUGUAGAACAAAAAAAAAAAAAAGAAACAAAAAGUACAACAAAAAUACAGAAAAAAAAGCAAAUAAACCAAGCAAGCCAAAACCAAAGAAGUUCCUCGUCGUCGUUUGUCGUAAUUCAAAGCGCGCCCUAUAAUAAUAAAACAGCAUAAAAAAAGUUUCUUUUUUUUUUCGUACAAAAAGAAAAAAAGAUUUUUUCCAACUUUUUACGUAUUAAACAGCAGUUAGCAAGUAACAAACAAAAAAAAUAUACAAAAACGAACGUGUGCUUAUUGUGUAGUGAGUUGAGUGUAGUGUAUUUAUUGUAUGUUGAGUAUUUACAAUAAAAAAAAAUAAUAAAGGAAGAAUAAAAAAAACAACAAACAAAUAUUGUUGUUUUGUAUAAAUAUAAAAUAAUAAUAAACCUGCGCGCCGGAAUUAAUAAAAAGCCAAAAAUAUACAAGAAAGCAAAGUGAAGCAAACAAAAAGGAAAAAAAGUAAUGUAACAAACAGUGUUGCAUAUAGUAAAAACAAAAAUAUAAUAAAUUUUGUUUAAUUUAAUACAAAUAAAAUAACAAAAAAUUAACUAAAUGCUGAAAAAAAGAAAAGUUUUAUUAAAUUUAAAACCACAAACAACUAAAAAAACGACAAAGUUACUAAAAUUACAAAAAAGUACUACAACAAUUAGUAUUAAUACCAUUAGUAACAGCAAAACAACAACAACAUAGUACAACAUAAAGGCAAACACUUUAUUAUUAUAAAUAAAACUAAAAUAAUAAUAAAUUAAGAAGAAAACAAGUGAAAAUUUCUUAAAUAAUAUAAAUUUGUAAUUAUUAUUUAUUAAACAACAACAACAAAUAAGCAAAAAAAAGUGUUCCCGUUUAGAAAUAAAACAAAACUAACCUCACUUUUUGUUUAAGUUUGUUUUGAUUCUGUUUGAGAAAAAAGAAUCAUAUUUAGAAUACUUCCAUAAAUUCCACUUCCAAAACAUACCCCUCCUAGUUAGAGUUAGUUAGUUAAGUCUUAUUUUUUUGUAAGCGCCUGGUCAAAAUUACAAGCAAAAGUAUAGAGAAACGCAAACAAAAGCAUCCACAGAAAAUCAUUACUAUGUCAGAACACAGCGCUUGGGGUCAACGCCAAGCGACUGCUGCCGAAGCUGCCUUAUGGUGGCCCGGCGCACUCGCUGCGGCUGCUACACAACACCAACAACAACAGCAACAACAACAACAAACAAUUGAUCAGCAAACUUUACAACAUUAUCAGCAACAAUUGGUUGCACAGCAACAGCAACAAGCCGCUGCCGCAGCCGCUGCUGUCCAGCAACAACAACAAUUGCAACAACAGCAGCAGCAGCAUCAGCAGCAACAACAACAGGUUGUCGUCCAACAAAAUCAACAGCAAGCGCAUCAAAAUAACGCCAAUACAACGUCUGGUGUUGGCACCCAACAAUUGUUCACCUACAAAAUGGCCAGUAGUUUUCCAAAUCCAGCCACCACAAUGGCCCAGGUGGUGGCGACAUCGAAUGCAGCCGGCACACCCGCCUACGACUAUCGUCUAAAUAUGGCUCAGGCUGCAGCAGCUGCUGCCGUGCCCGGUUCUCAGUGGUGGUAUUCCGCAGCCAAUCAGGGACAGAUCGAUGCUAAUACAGCCGCCCAAUUGCAACAACAGCAGCAACAGCAACAACAGCAGCAGCAACAACAGCAGCAACAGCAACAACAGCAGCAACAACAGCAGCAGCAACAGCAGCAGCAACAACAGCAGCAACAACAACAGCAGCAGCAACAACAGCAACAACAACAGCAGCAACAGCAAAUACAACAGCAGCAACAGCAACAAAAUGCGAAUAAUAUGGUGCGCACUGGUACCGGCGGAGGAGGUGGCAAAGCGGAUGCCAAACCUCGUGGUCGUAUGACAGCCUAUGCCUACUUUGUACAGACAUGCCGUGAAGAACACAAGAAAAAACAUCCCGAUGAGACAGUUAUAUUUGCUGAAUUCUCCCGCAAAUGCGCUGAAAGAUGGAAGAUACUCAAAUCCACCGAGGAAGGAAAAGAUACAAUGGUUGACAAGGAAAAGAAACGCUUCCACGAAAUGGCUGAAAAAGACAAAGCUCGUUAUGAAUUGGAAAUGCAAAAUUAUGUACCACCCAAGGGUACCGUAGUGGGACGCGGCAAGAAAAGGAAACAAAUGAAAGAUCCCAAUGCGCCGAAACGAUCAUUAUCUGCCUUCUUUUGGUUUUGUAAUGAUGAACGUAAUAAAGUUAAAGCUCUUAAUCCCGAAUAUGGUGUAGGCGAUAUUGCUAAAGAGCUGGGACGUAAAUGGGCCGAUGUAGAGCCGGAGGUUAAACAGAAAUAUGAAUUAAUGGCUGAAAAGGAUAAGGCCAGAUAUGAAAGAGAAAUGACCGAAUAUAAAACAAGUGGGAAAAUUGCUAUGUCCGCCCCCUCUAUGCAAGCACAACAGCAAGCGGCGCAAAAGGCGGCCUUACUGGCAGUGGCUGCUCAACAACAGGCAGCCCAGCAAGCAGCUCAACAUCAUGAUGAGCAUGAUGAUGACGAUGGCGAGGGUGACGAUGAUGAAAAUCAAUAGAUUUAAAACAAAAACAACAACAACAAAAACAAAUAUUAAUAUGCCCAAAAUGUUGCUUAUGAGAUAUACAAAAACUAAAACAACAACAACAAAAAGAUUACACACAUACAACAAAAAUAAGAAAUUCACUAAUUCCGUUUGCUAAAAAAAAACCUUUUUGUGCUCCCCCUCCUCCUUUUUUAAGUUAAAAUUUGAAUAUUUUUUUUAUUGAAAUGUUUUCCUUUUUUUUUAGAAAUUUUUUACCCUGUAAGCGUAAAAUUAACUCAAA